AUGCAGGAUCGAGUUGAGCUAGCACUGAUGGAACUAUGCGAACAAAUGGAGCAUCCCAAGGCCAUGAAUCGUUCAAUAGAAAUGCCAAUCGGUGCGACAAUGAAGCUGCCAAAAAUAGAACUGCCAAAGUUUGAUGGAAAUUAUCUUAAUUGGAGGCAGUUUUAUGACCUUUUCAAGCAGUUAAUACACGAUCAGCCGAUCCCACCUGCUCAAAAGUUGUAUUUUUUACGUGCGAAUGUCACUGGAGACGCACAUAGUUUAAUACAACACUUCCAGCCCACUGACAAGAAUUAUGAUGUGGCAUGGAAGACGCUUGUCGAUCGCUUCGAUAAUAGGAGGCUGUUGUUAACAGCUCAAUUAACAAAACUGCUGUCUCAAUCACCAGCAAUUGGAACGGCAUCCAGUAUCAAACGUAUGCAUGAUACCACAAAGGAAGGUAUGCAGGCUAUAUCAAAUCUGGGAUUUGAUACAAGCAGUUGGGAUCCGAUUAUUGUUCAUCUGAUCCUUCAAAAACUGGACAAGGAAAGCAGAACACUUUUCGAACAAUCAUUGGAUGAUCCUCGGAGUAGCCCUACUUUAGACGAGUUACUCAAGUUUGUUGAAUCCCGCUUCCAGACAUUGGAAGCUAUUUCUAGCCGAGAUGACAGAAAGAGACAUCUGCAUUAG